CAACCCUCCAAUGACCGAAUCAACAUCAGCAUCAAAAGGGACUGUUAGCACAGUUCACUGCCCCAAGGUCUUUUUUCCUCCUUCCUUCUUAUAGUGUUUUGCUGCAGUUUGGUUAAUCUGAAACAUUGCCUUUUGCUCGUGUUAAAUCUCCAGCCUCCAGAUAUCCAGAAGUCGGUGUUGAAGGGAAUAAUUAACAGUUUAUUGAGAGAGUGGAAAGGGCCUAGGACAAAAGAUGACCUGAGGGCAUAUUUCAUACUUCUACAGAAUCCUCAGUACUCCAGCAUGAACACGUAUGUCAUCUAUGCACACUUGCUGAGGCAAAUUACUGCUUUGGCAGAAGCGGAUCACCAUUUUCUGGUGCACUGGUUUAAAAAACUGUCUCCACGCCGCUUCAAGGCUUUGGUGGAGCGGCUUCUCAACUUCAUCUCCACGCGCCUCCUCCCAGCCCGGCCUGAGGAGCUGCCACCUAUGGCCAAGUGCUCCUGGUGGAUCCCCUCUGCCACCAAGGUCCUGGCCCUACUCAAUGCAGCCAACAGUAUUUCUACUCCUCCCAUCAUACCCUUCACUGAUUUCUACAACCUCACUUUGGACCACAUUGACAUCAUGGAGGACUACCAGACUUGGCAAACUCACGGGAAUUCAAACAGGUUCUCAUUCUGCCAGUACCCGUUCAUCCUGUCAACUGUAACAAAGAAAGCCAUCAUCCAGAGGGACUCCGAGCAGCAGAUGAUCAGCAUGGCCAGGCAAAGCCUCGUGGACAAGGUCUCCCGCAGGCAGAGGGUGGACAUGAGCUUGCUGUUCCUCAACAUCAAAGUGCGACGGCAGCAGCUGCUCAGUGAUUCACUGGAUGAGCUAUCAAGGAAGCGUGCGGACCUGAAGAAAAAGCUGAAGGUGACCUUCGUUGGAGAGGCGGGUCUAGACAUGGGUGGCCUCACGAAGGAGUGGUUUCUGCUCCUGGUUCGGCAAAUUUUUCACACGGAUUUCGGUAUGUUUACAUACUUGAAGGAUUCUAACUGUCACUGGUUCAGUAGCUGGAAGUGUGACAACUUCUCUGAAUUUCGUCUGGUCGGAGCCCUCAUGGGCCUUGCCGUGUACAACAGCAUCACUCUAGACAUCCACUUCCCUCCCUGCUGUUACAAGAAGCUGCUGUCUCCCCCUGUGUUGCCUUGUGACCAGAAUAUGCCUGUUGGUGUGACGACCCUCACCCUGGACGACCUGCAGCAGGUUAUGCCUGACCUUGCCCACGGACUCAGAGAGCUCCUCAGUUAUGAGGGUAACGUGGAAGAGGACUUCUGCUCCACCUUCCAGGUUUUCCAGGAAGAACUCGGUAUCAUCAAGUCCUACAACCUGAGACCAGGAGGAGAUAAGAUCCCUGUCACAAAUCAGAACAGAAAGGAGUAUGUCCAGCUCUACAUCGAUUUCCUGCUGAAUAAGUCCAUCUACAAGCAGUUUGCAGCUUUCUACUGUGGAUUCCACAGCGUUUGUGCUUCGAAUGCAUUGUUGCUUCUGAGGCCUGAAGAAGUGGAAAUCCUGGUGUGCGGCAGCCCAGAGCUUGACAUGAAUGCACUGCAGAAGGUCACACAGUACGAGGGUUACAGCAAAGUGGACCCCACCAUCCGAUGUUUCUGGGAUGUGGUCCUGGCUUUUCCCCUGGAGCUGCAGAAGAAACUUCUUCAUUUUGCCACAGGAAGCGACAGGGUCCCGGUGGGAGGGAUGACGGAUCUCAACUUUAAAAUAGCCAAAAUCGACGUCUCCAAUGACUGGUUACCAGUAUCUCACACCUGUUUCAACCAGAUAUGUCUCCCCCCCUACAAAAGCAAGAAGGAAAUGAAGCAGAAGCUGACCAUUGCUAUUUCCAAUGCAGAGGGAUUUGGCUUGGAGUGACUCCAGCUGGUGGAGUAAAAUGCCAGGAAUUCAGCACAUUGACUUACAAUUUUAGUUCAGAUUUUUUGCUGAGUCCUGUUUAAGAAUUCCUCAGAAUUUCUGCUCAAAGGCAUGAUAGAAAAGUUUUUUGUAUAUGCUGGUAAAAUGUGUUGCUUUCAGAUAUUUGAAGGUCAUUCUGUUUGACAUUGACAACAUUAUCAGAGUUUUGCAUUUUACUGUUUUUGUAUUGUUCCCUAACAAAUAUGGAGUUCAUAAGCUUUUAUUUUAACACACUCUUCUUGGAGGUCGUUGUUAGUUGUCUUUACUUGUUCCUGUUACCUUUGUAAAACAAGUGUCUGCGUUUCUCUUGGAUGGGGAUUUUGCCAGAUUUCUCUGUUUAUAAGAGGCUCCACAAUGUUUUCAUGCAGCUUGUGCCAGUGGAAGAAUAGGUGGUUGAGAGGGGAGUCAGUACUAUAUAUGGUAAAGACUGGAUUUCUAAAUGGCUCCAGAGCAUGUUCCGCCUUGAUUUCUCUGUUGGCUUACUCUUGGCAAUGCCAAAAGAACCUGUUUGACUGCAGGCCGUGACCUGUUUUUGCAAUAGAUAAGAGUUCAAUCGCCGUUUCACCACACCAGCUUCUUAUGUCACAUGUUAUUCUGUGUUUUAGAGAAAUAGCCAUUACUGGGAUAGAAGUAACUCUAAGAAGGUGUAUAAAGCCAUGUCUCUGUAGUGAAAACAGAGUAUUUAAUGUCAAAGGUCAAAACAGGUUUGUAUUUGUGAAAAAGAAUCAACCAGACCUCGAAAUAUUAAUUUAGAAUUAAAAUUGACUCACUUUGACAAGCAUUAGUGAUAUGUGCUUGAAAAAAAUCACUUUAUGGGGAAUUGCCUUGCUUAUAGAGUGAACCCUCGUUGUAGUUUUUCUAGGAGGCCAGACAAUCAGCUUUCUAUGCUGAGAUAAUAAUUAUCACAUUGUUUUCAUCGUACAUCAUUGCUUUAGCUACCUGUGUGUAUCGAGACUGCUUUCACUCUGAAUGCAUUAUGUAAAUGUUGGUAGAAUGCUGACAAGGCAUUUGGGUUUGGUUAAUAAAACCUGACACCUUAGCCGCUUGUAAAUAUUUUGACUGGAUAUAUUGUGUGAGUACUGGUGGCUGAUACCACCAACUUAUUCUUGUUUGUGCUGCUGGAACUAGAAAGUGUCUCUGCCGCUUUUAAUGUCGUGCAACAGUGAUGCUGACUCGAAGUGUUCAGAGAGGUGCACAGUGAUACAUGUAGAGUUCACUGUGUGGCAAAGCAACAGCUUACACUCUUCAUCGGGGCCUUUGGGGCUUGGCACACUCAUUCCUCAACUUCAGGUUGAGGCUUUUAACUGAGAAUUCCUGCCUCUCAACAUGAGAAAGUAUGGAGCUGGGCGUGCAUACAGGAAGUGACGUUGGAUUAUUGGAAAUAGUUCUCAGAGAAUAAGCAAUAAUCAUUUCUAACUGCUUUGUCAGGGUCUUCAUUAUGUAGCAGUACAUGGAGAAGGUACUUUAUGGUACACUCGUGCAUUACUUGUGUAUGUCAGCCUAAAUUUAAGCACACUGUUACAUGGACAGGGGGGCGUGGUGGCGCAGUGGGUUGGACCAGGUCCUGCUCUCCAGUGGGUCGGGGGU